CUGCUCGCCAUUUUCCCAUCUUCUGAAGCCAGAUUCAGUCUAUUCUAGUGUCACGGUGUCACUCAACACUGUCAGGGUAUCAAUUAAUCUUUAACGCAGACGAACUGAGCUCCUUAUAGAGACUUAAUUUGCUUUACGUCCGCUGGAGCUCCUGCAAACAUGAACAUUUUUAGGCUAACCGGCGAUCUCUCCCACCUAGCAGCCAUCAUCAUCCUGCUGCUAAAAAUAUGGAAAACCAGGUCCUGUGCCGGCAUUUCCGGAAAGAGUCAGGUCCUGUUUGCCUUGGUGUUUACCACUCGCUACUUGGACCUGCUCACCUCCUUCAUCUCUCUCUACAACACCACCAUGAAGAUCAUCUACAUCGGGUGUGCGUAUGCCACUGUGUACCUGAUCUACAUGAAAUUCAAGGCAACUUAUGAUGGGAACCAUGACACGUUCAGAGUGGAGUUCCUGGUUGUACCUGUUGGUGGAUUGGCUUUCCUGGUUAACCAUGACUUCUCUCCCCUGGAGAUUCUGUGGACAUUCUCCAUCUACUUGGAGUCGGUGGCCAUCCUGCCACAGCUCUUCAUGAUCAGCAAGACUGGUGAGGCUGAGACCAUCACCACCCACUACCUGUUCUUCCUGGGACUCUACAGAGCCCUCUACCUCAUCAACUGGAUAUGGAGGUUCUACUUUGAGGGCUUCUUUGACAUGAUUGCCAUCGUGGCUGGGGUGGUGCAGACUAUCCUCUACUGCGACUUCUUCUAUUUGUAUGUAACAAAAGUACUGAAAGGAAAGAAGCUGAGUCUGCCAGCUUAAGUGCCAAAGAGGAACGUUUUGGCAGACUCAUAGAGGGGCAUCGGAGGGGAGGAGGAUUGGUAGCGGACACCUCUGACAGCCCCCACCCCACCCUCCACCACCGCUUCCUCCUCUUCCCCUCCCGCCAGUGUAAGAUGCCUGAGACAGAGAGCGAAUGGGAGCUGCUGACUGCACCUUCUUCUGAUCCCGAAUCGGUGGAAUCAGAACACCUGCAGAGGCUGGUCCAUGGCCUUCGGAUUUCUGUUUGAUGCAUCUUGCCUUAACUUUUUUUAUUACUCUGUAUAAAGGAAGAAGAAAAAAAAUGAGAGAAAAGUUUUCUACAGCAAAAUGUGUGCUAUGAAGAUUUGACACAUUGGUGAAUAAGAGCUGAAGAUGUAAAAUUGCCUAUGAUUUGGCACUGUAUGAUAUUGAAGCGGACUUCUUGUGGUGGGAUGUUAUUGACUCAAGCGUUUGUAAUAGUAUUUGCAAUCGAAAUAAAUGUGCAUUGUUUUUCCUGAAUCAAUUUGGGGAGGAAUUUGUUGAAUCCUCAGAACUUUGGUGGUCAAAUUAUUCAUGUUCUGCUCUUCUAUUUCUGACCACUAUGCAUUCCCAUGUAUAAAGACUAUCUAUUUUAGUCCCCCGUGCCCUUGUUAGAAUAUUAAUUGAAUGUAGAUGCCAUAAUUUAACAUUCUCUUUUCAAACACUUUUUUUUGUUUGAAUGCCUUCGAAAUUGGUAUGAGUUGCUUUUGUGUGAAUGAAAGUAAAGGGUUGAAACAGGAUGCCAAUGGUCUCACAUCACUGUAAAUGGCUUUCUUAAUUUGAAUACCCCCUCAUCGCCUGUAAGUAUACAUCACUGCCCAGCCCAUCAUUUCAGAUGGCUCCGUUAAAUGUUCGAGAUGAGUGAAUUCACUGUGCUAUAUGUGAAUUAUCACAACAGAAAUGGAAGUGUUCAAUUUUUCUCUUAGGUGCAGAUGUAUUUAUGUUUUACCUUCUUCCAGGUUUCCAAUAAACAGAGUUUGUAGUUGUGCAGUAGAAUUAAGUCUCUCUGUCAGAGAGGAGCACAGUCCUACGAACACUGUUACACUGAUUCUUGCAUAGUUCUCGAGACAUAUCUGCUUACAUUUUAGGUUUUAUGCAUCAUUCCAAGUUUCCUCUUAGUUUCUUCCCAGAGCUUUUGCAUGAUGUUGCCACCACAAAUAAAGAAUUUAUGGGAAA